UGAGUUCAGACGGUAUAUGUCCUGUCAAAAAGUCGUGGAAAAAUGUAAAUAAUUGAAUUAUCUUUAUAUUUUGCGUGAUACCUGAAUAUAAUUGAAGUCAAAUGUAAAUAAUUACGGUGAAAAUAUGCCAGUGUGUAGUGUAAAACACUGCGGCAUAAGAAAAACACCAAAUCAGCCAUUUUUGACCUUACACAGGUUACCAAGAAAUGGCCUUAAAAAGAAAAAGUGGCUGGAUGCUAUCGGAAUGGAAAAUAUAAGGCCAAAUGUAAAGGAUAUUUUUAUUUGUUCGCUGCAUUUUGAUGAACAAUGUUUCAACAAAACUUUGGAUGUGACUCGACUACGAGAUGAUGCUGUGCCAUUAAAAUUUCAACAUGCCAGCCAAUAUAGAACUGCCGUAUUAAAAGAGGAUCAGUUGGAAACAAUUCCUAUUUUAGCCGGAUCUAACUUGCUUUGCAAGAAAACCACGACUACAGUUACAACUCCUGCUCCUAGAACUUUAAAUGUUGGAAUUCCAGUACAUCCUGUAAAGCCUGGCACUGCAUUGAAUCCUGCAUCUGCUCCUGUUUCCGGAACUUCAGGAAUUGCUACGUCAGCACCUUGCAAGAAAACCACGACUACAGUUACAACUCAUGCUCCUGGAACUUUAAAUGUUGGAAUUCCAGUACAUCCUGUAAAGCCUGGUACUGCAUUGAAUCCUGCAUCUGCUCCUGUUUCCGGAACUUCAGGAAUUGCAACGCCAGCACUCCCCCUGACGACGGCCGUCGCAUAUACUGCCCCUUCUGUUCCUGGUACUUCAAGAGUGGAUAAUCUACCGCAACAUGCCAGCCAACAUAGAACUGCCGUAUUAAAAGAGGAUCAGUUGGAAACAAUUCCUAUUUUAGCCGGAUCUAACUUGCUUUGCAAGAAAACCACGACUACAGUUACAACUCCUGCUCCUAGAACUUUAAAUGUUGGAAUUCCAGUACAUCCUGUAAAGCCUGGCACUGCAUUGAAUCCUGCAUCUGCUCCUGUUUCCGGAACUUCAGGAAUUGCUACGUCAGCACCUUGCAAGAAAACCACGACUACAGUUACAACUCCUGCUCCUGGAACUUUAAAUGUUGGAAUUCCAGUACAUCCUGUAAAGCCUGGUACUGCAUUGAAUCCUGCAUCUGCUCCUGUUUCCGGAACUUCAGGAAUUGCAACGCCAGCACUCCCCCUGACGACGGCCGUCGCAUAUACUGCCCCUUCUGUUCCUGGUACUUCAAGAGUGGAUAAUCUACCGGUCCAAACACAGAAAAUAAAAAAGUUGGAAGAUACAUGUGAUUUCUUGAGGAAGAAAGUAAGAAGAUUAAAUGAAAUGGUGCGGCGGCAAAGGAAAAAAAUUGCAGAGUUCCAAUAUAUUAUAAAAGACCUCCAGGAAAGGAAUGUAGUCAACAACGAGAACUCUAUAGUUUUAGAAGCAUGCGCGGGUCCCAAAGACUUUUUAAAGAGGCACAUUUUGAAAAGUGAAGGCUCGCCUUCGGAAAAACAAUAUUCUGAGGAAACUAGAAAAUUUGCCCUAACGCUGCACUCCUUUUCGCCGAAGGCCUACAACUUUGUGCGGCGAACGUUUAAUACAUGCUUGCCUCACCCAAGGACUUUAUUUAGGUGGUACCAAAAAAUAAAUGCGGAACCCGGCCUUUGUGUGGAAGCGUUUGCGGCUCCAUAACAAAGUUCGGGCUAGCGAAACACUAAUAAAUCAUGUGUUCGCUAAUUUUCGAUGAAAUAUCAAUAAGGAAAUCUUUAUGUAGAGAUCCCCCCAAAAAAAAAAAGUAUUGCGGGCGAGUUACUAUAGGGACAGAAUGUGACAAUGACUCAUUGGAGGUGGCGAAUCAAUGCCUCGUAUUUUUAGUAAAUAACAUCAAUGGAAGUUGGAAACUUCCAAUUGCAUAC